AUGGACGAGCUGUAUCAGCACCUCAAAAUUAUGGACUACGUGAUUAUAUGCCUCACAAAUAAGUACCGGCUUGUCCACAGCUACGUCCAAGGAGUGGCAGACAUCUUUGCCUUGACGGUUGAUGAAUACCAUAAGCUCAUUCAGAAGAUCAGUUCUCUGUACAAAGAGAGCCUUCACAACUCUGUCCAUGCUAACCUCGUCCAGCUGAGGAAGGAUGUGGAGAGGCAGCGGGCGCACGAUAAAAAUCUCACGGAGAUAAAGGAAAAUUUAAAGAGGGCAAUCAAGCUGACCAAGACGGGGGAAGUUUGCUCGGCGGUGGAGGAUGGAGAGAAGAGGCAAAUUCAAAUGGACACCAACCUCAAAAUCGACCCCCCCUACGACACGGCAGCCCUGUACAGAUUUAGGCACUACAGGAACGCCUUCCUCAAGAGGUACUCGACGAUAACGAAGAACGGCAACUACUUGAAUGCAAACGAGCAGAGGAAGCGCUUCCUGCGGAAGCUGAAGAGCUCCGCGAAGGUCACCCAAGGGAGGAGCGACCAACCCGACGGCAUCUUCAAAGACGAAUACAAAAACAUGACUAGAAUUUUAAGCGAAAAUAACAUCUUUAGGGAAGCCCAACAGUUGAAGGAGGCGUUGAUUGUAAAUAAAUUUCUCAGCAAAGCCAAGGCCAUCGUGAACGACUUGCCUCAGUUCCUGUGUAAAAUUAUUGAAGAGUUCGAGCGGACGGAGUCGGUCGCGCAGGAUAACAUGUAUCUCUUCGUCUUGCUGGCUCUGAACAAGUGGCUCAAGAAGAUAGUCACCGAGUGCGAACGCUUCAUCACAUACAAUAAGACCAAAGGGUACAAGAAAAAAACGGAGAGCGCGGAAAUCCACAAGAAGUUGAGCGAUUACAUGAAUGACAUCCUGCAGAGGGGAGCCGAGCAGACCAUGGUCUUUAGCGAAGAGAAGAGUCUCUUCCCCUACCCACCAAACGUCAGCUUCAACGUGAAUACCUCCUUCCUGACCUACUUCUUUUUGUACAUGAAUAAGAAUAUGUUCAAUUUUGUGGAGGGGUACUACUCCACCUCUACGGGGAAGACGCCGGGGCGACAAGAAAAAAAAAAAAAAAAAAGGGUAAAGCUAAUCAAGUGUCAUUCGGCAGCCAAGGAGAGUAGCCUCUACAUGAGCAGCGACGUUUACAGCUACGGGUUUCGCAACGAACGUGAGGAGGAUGCAGAAGAGGAGGAGGAGGGAGAAGAAGCGGGGAAGACGAAGAAAAGGGAGGCGGGGAAGAAGAAUGCGUCGGAUAACAAUAGGGGGGAGCGCCACCUGUCCAGCUUGACCUUCCGCAUCAACCGAGAAGACAUGUACCCCAACAUCUUCCUAAUCUGCAAUUACCUCCUGCUUGAAGAAACAAAAAAAAUCGUCUCCUCGAUUUAUGAAAUUCAGAGGGGCUCCUUCGACCUCCUUCUGUGCUACGACGCCUCCGUUAUCAUUCAGCUGGUGACUCGCCUGUUUGCCAGCUUGAAGGAGCUCUUCACCACCCACGCGUCGUCACCCACGUCGUCACCCACGUCGCCACUCACAGCACCGCAGAGAGCCGAGGAGGAGGAGCCCUACUACGACGAUCUGCGCAAAUGCAUCUCCCAAUCGAAUCUUAAUUACCUCCCAUCGGAUUCCUACGUCAAAUAUGUGGGGCACAUGCGACUGAUGCUUUUGAACGUUUUGAAGGCACUCCACGCCAUGACAAAGGAGGGGGAGCGAAGUUCCGUGUGCACCUUCUGGGACAGGGCGCCCGUCCCCGGGGGGGGAGACCAGCCUACUACUGCGGAGCAGCCUACUACUGGGGAGCGGCCUACUACUGGGGAGAGCUACACACACGAACGAGACCACCUCAUACCUGUAAAAACCGGGUGCACCAAAAAAAAUUGCUAUUUCUUUCGCGAGGAAAAACGGGCCGACGACCCGAAGGAUAGACUAACGCACCAAAUGGAGGAGCAAACCAAUAGAGCCAUACAAAGGAGGGUACUAUGUUAUGACUUUUACAAGCUGGUGGCUGACCACGUCAAGGCGGUUAAGCUGCUAAUCGAGAGCAGGUGCAACCGGGAGGAGUACACGGGAAUUCUCCUCAAGAGGAACAAUCGGUAUAACAUUGACGGGGGAGUUGGCGCCUCCGCCAGAUCUGGCAGAUCCUCCAAGGGAAAGAAGAGCACCCCUGUGCGGGGACGCCACCCAGUAGUGAGGAAGCCUUCCCAAGGCGUUGCCAGGGUGAGCGGGGUAACCGGGACAAGCGGGGCAAACGGGGUGGGCAGCGCGCUGGUCUAUCUCCCCCCAACGGAUGGCAAAGCCUCCCCGCAGUUUGCAAAUAAGCCCGAGUCGAAGGGUAAAGCAAGCCAGAGGGGUCCCCCCAGGGCCGCCUCAAAGAAGGCAACCCAGUCAAGCGUUACCCCCGCGCAGACGGCCAAAAUGACAGGCGGGCUAUCAUCCGCCAGGCUCAGCUCACAGGAUGUACGGAAUAAAAAGAAGCCUCCCCCCAAAAGGGCGUUAGCUGCGGGGAAGACGAGCGCUGCUUCCCCCAAGCAGUAG